UUAAAUAAAAAUAAUUUAUUUCCAGAAAUUGUUGAACAACAGAAUGACCAUAAUUUUAAACUACUUUGCCUACAUGGCAUUGGCUUAUGAGGGUUGUCUUGCCGUGCUAACCAUACUUAAGAUGAGCAACUUUUUCAAAAUCAUGAAGUUUGAUAUGGAGGAUGGUAUGGUACAGUUGGAGGGUGUGUGCAAAUUAAUAUGCUUUGGUAUUUUAGCGUUUGGUGUUAUUACUCGUUACAGAUCGAUGGUAAAAGUCUGGUUGCUGUUGUCCUAUUGCCAGAUAAAUUGGGCAGGUGUUAUCAAAGUGUUUGUCAACAUUUAUGAAUAUUUCUUUGCUGAAAAGAACAAAGACAAGGCAGAAUUCAUGAAGGAACUAAGUGAAGCACAUGCUCCGCUUGUUGGUCGCGUAAUGGCACAGAUUGGUAUAAUCUUGAUAAUUUACAGAUUCUAUGAAACCUUGGAGCCACCAACGAAAAUCAGAGGUCCACUUACCAAAAUGUCAGUCGAGGAAAAGGUUGAAUAGUUAAAUAAAACGACCAAAAUUAUGUAUUGUGGUAAAA